UAAAAGGACUGUGGGGCUCGGGGCUGCAUAUUUCUGGUCCUGCACAGAACCGAGAAAUAAGUCAACAUGGUGCUCUCUGGGGCUGAUAAGAGUAACGUGAAGGCUGUCUGGGGUAAGGUGGGAGGCAACGCCGGCGCCUUCGCCGCCGAAGCCCUGGAGAGGACUUUCGUCUCUUUCCCCACAACCAAGACCUACUUCUCCCACUUCGAUCUGUCCCAUGGCUCCGCCCAAAUCCAGGGUCAUGGCCAGAAAAUAGCCGACGCCCUGAGCCAGUCUGUUGACCAUCUGGAUGAUCUGCCCGGGACCCUGUCCAAACUGAGCGACCUGCACGCCCACAAGCUGAGGGUGGAUCCUGUCAACUUCAAGUUCCUGAGUCACUGCCUGCUGGUGACCUUGGCCAGUCACCUCGGCAAGGACUUCACUCCCGAGGCCCAUGCCUCCCUGGACAAGUUCCUUGCCUCUGUGUCUACCGUGCUGACCUCCAAGUACCGUUAAGUCUGUGUCUGAGGCCAGGGAUUUCCCCCACCUCCACCGCUGGCCAGCACCAUCCAGGCUGCGAGUCCUUCAGUGUACCCAACCCCUCUCACCCCGCAUGAGCAGAUGGAAGUCUUCGAAUAAAGUCUAGGUCUGCCAGAA